CAGAAGCUUGAGUUAGAGAAGUUUGUUUCUUGUGCAGACAUUACAGAAAUACUUAGAUUUGUGUAUCUGUUUAUCACUCUUCUGGUUUGUAUGUCUUGCAAGCAGUAGAUGUUUCACUUCCUGAAUAGUGUACUGCAUCAUGAAAUUGGAGGUGCCAGAAAGUCUUCAAGAUGUUGCUGUUGAAUUUUCAAGGGAGGAAUGGGAGAUGCUGAGUAAAGAAGAGAAGAAGCUGCACUGGGAAGUGAUGCUGCAGAACUUCGAUAAUAUGAUAGAUGUUGGGUACAGCAUCCCAGUGGACCACCUUUGGUCACUUAUUUUGAAAGAUAAGAUGCUUCCAUCUGAUAAUGGUGACAAAGGAAUGACUUUGCAGCAAAACCAUCUUCCUGGUAACAGAGUUAGCAUCAACAGGAUUGCAGAUUUCUCUGAGAUCCAGACUCUUCAGUCAUCCCAUGAGAAACCUCAGGAUGCUGAAUUUAACAAAGCUCUCUCAGAUAAAAAGUCAAUCGCAAGAGAAAAUGCUUUACAUUUUGAAACCGGACAUAACUGUAAGGAAGGUGAUGAUGGAUUUAUAAAAAAAAAUAAACUAGAAGCAAUUCUACAAACUCCCAUGAAAAUGGCAUGUAGUCAGCUUAAUUGCAACAAAAGUGUAACAUUCAAUAUUAAUGAUUUAACUCCUCAAUUAAGUAAGAGUGGGAAAAGGCGAAAUAAUACAAUGGCAUUGCAUGAGCAGAUAUGCAAUAAACAAAAGCUUUACAAAUGUGUCACAUGCAGCAAGACUUUUACAAAUAGGAGUAAUAUGAUAGCUCAUCAAAGGACCCACAGUGGACAGAAGCCCUACCAAUGCAAUGUGUGUGAUAAGAGAUUUACACAGAGGAAUAAUAUGAUAUGUCAUCAGACUACCCACAGUGGACAGAAGCCCUACCAAUGCAGUGUGUGUGGCAAGAGGUUUGCACAUAGGAGGUAUGUGAUAUCUCAUCAAAGUAGCCACAGUGGACAGAAGCCAUACCAGUGCAGUCUGUGUGACAAGAGGUUUGCAUGGAAAAGGUCUAUGGUACUUCAUCAGCAUAUCCACACAGGACACAAAUCCUAUAAAUGCAGUCUGUGUGACAAGAAGUUUGUAAAGAAGAGUCAGAUGGUAAGUCAUCAGACUACCCACACAGGUCAGAAAAACUACAAAUGUGCCACAUGUGGUAAGGGUUUUGGGCACAAGAGUAAUUUGAAUAUACAUCAGAAUACACACACAGGGCACAAACCAUAUAAGUGCAACAUGUGUGACAAGACAUUUACACUGAAGGGUAACAUGGUAAAACACCAACUUAUACACACUGAAGAGAAGCCCUAUAAAUGCACCAUGUGUGAAAAGAGUUUUGCACAGAAGAAACAGAUGGUAAGUCAUCAGAGUAUCCACACAGGACAGAAAAACUACAAAUGUGCCUCAUGUGGUAAGGGUUUUAGGCAGAAGGGCAGUAUGUAUAGGCAUCAGAAUACACACACAGGGCAGAAACCCUAUAAGUGCACCGUGUGUGACAAGACAUUUUCACAGAAGAGUAACAUGGUAAAACACCAGCAUAUACACGCUGAAGAGAAGCCCUAUAAAUGCACCAUGUGUGAAAAGAGUUUUGCACAGAAGAAACAGAUGGUAAGUCAUCAGUGCUCACACACUGGACAGAGUUUAUAGUCAUUUAGAAGAAAACUCAAUUAUGGCAGUAGAACAAAAGGGCAAUAAAUGAAAGUCAUGUG